AUGCUUUGGAGAAGCUGGCAAAGAAGAGAAGAACUUGAAAAACAGAAUUGCAAAAUUCAAGCAGUGUUGAUUCAAUAUGUGUUCCUACUACGAAAGCUAUUCCAGCACCUCUAUCAGAAUUUUCACAGCUUCAAUGAACUUGUUGCUGUCAAUAAUUUAAACAUGGAAUUUCCAGUUAGCAUGGUCAACUUAUUGCAGGCACAAUCACCAUUGGAAGGAGAAUUUGGGUUGUUUAGCUCUCAAUUCACAAGUACCGGGGCCAAGAGUUCUAGUGUUGAAGUAGAUCCACCUUUUUCAAUUGACAAGAGUCACCAAGCGUCAUAA